AUGCUAAGACGUAUAGUCAGGAGUCGAAGGGCACUCGCCAUCUCCCAUCGGGCGUACACUACAGCUACCAGCAGCUCAUUCAAAACAGCUGUUGAGACUGCUGAAAAAUUAGUAUCACCGCCAGCCAAAUCGAAAUUUCAAGAUCCGUUUUCCAUAGUCAGUCAUGAAAUGUCCAAUUUAGCCAAGUCCAUCGCCAGCUUAAUUGGAUCUGGUCAUCCUACUUUAAACAGAAUAAGUUCAUACUAUUUCGAAGCCGAGGGGAAAAAUGUCCGACCUUUGAUUGUGUUGAUUUUAAGUAAAGCAUUACUGAAAAUACCAUUGCUGGAACGUCAAAGGAUAAAGAUAGACGAAUACGAUGUUACUGAGCAAGAGCCUAUAAAGGGUACUCCGCAACCUGGACAGGAAUCUAUUGCUGGAUACAGUGUUGAUGAUAGUUUGAGUCCGUUGAAUAUUUUGCAUGGCAUAAAUCCAAAGAUUAUUUUGGAUCCAUUGAGUAAGCCGAUGGAUAGACUACCUGAAAUGGAUAAGCAAAAUGGGAUCUUGCCAAAGCAAAGAAGGUUGGCGGAAAUUGUUGAAAUGAUUCAUACUGCCAGUUUAUUGCAUGAUGAUGUUAUUGAUUUGUCGGAUUCGAGAAGAGGAAGAUCAAGUGGUAAUAUUGCAUUCACCAACAAGAUGGCUGUCUUGGGUGGAGAUUUUCUUUUGGGGAGAGCUUCUGUUGCCAUUGCCAGAUUGAGGAACCCUGAAGUUAUUGAAUUGUUGAGUACAACAAUUGCCAAUUUAGUGGAGGGAGAAUUUAUGCAGUUGAAGAAUACUGUUUUGAGCAAUAGUGGUGAGGAAGUGAUUGAUAAUGAUGGGGAUGAAAAGCGAGUUCCACAGGCAACUGGCAAAGUGCCUACUGAAAAGCAUCAAUAUUCCGUCAAUGAAGAAGAUAUUGUUGAUCAUGAAACCAAUGUUCAAGCUGCUUUCGAGUACUACUUGCACAAGACCUACUUGAAAACAGCGUCAUUAAUGUCCAAAUCGUGUCGAGCAGCAGCUGUCUUGAGCGGAGCCCAAGAUGAUAUUAUUGAAAACUGUUAUCAGUUUGGACGUAACAUGGGAUUAUGUUUCCAGAUUGUUGAUGAUAUGUUGGACUACACCAGUUCCGACAAGGCGUUUGGUAAACCAAGUCAAGCUGAUUUGAAAUUGGGUUUAGCUACUGCUCCGGUGCUUUUCGCGUGGAAGCAAGAACCCAAAUUGGGUGAAUUGAUUGCUAGGAAAUUCAAUGAACCGGGUGAUGUUGAAAUUGCACGUAGAGCAGUUGACAGGCACCAGGGAGUUGAGCAGACUAGAGAGAUGGCCAAGAAGUAUUGUAUGGAUGCGUUGGCUAAUUUGAGAAAGUUGCCUGAGUCUGAUGCUAGAAGUGCGUUGGAAUUGUUGACAAAUUCGAUCUUGACUAGAUCUAAUUGA